AUAUAAAUGGGCAAAACCCUAGUUCAAGUCUCUUAGCAGCUCUCUCCAUCAUCUCCGCGAAGAGCCGCAUCUUGUAAUCUGAGAGGAGGGCCAAAAUGACAACCAGAUUCAAGAAGAACAGGAAGAAGAGGGGCCACGUAAGCGCCGGACACGGUCGUAUCGGAAAGCACAGGAAGCAUCCAGGAGGUAGAGGUAAUGCAGGAGGUAUGCAUCACCACAGGAUCCUCUUCGACAAGUACCAUCCCGGUUAUUUCGGAAAGGUCGGUAUGCGUUACUUCCACAAAUUGCGCAACAAGUUCUAUUGUCCCAUCGUCAACAUCGACAAGCUCUGGUCUAUGGUUCCUGAGGACGCUAAAGAGAAGGCCAGCAAGGACAAUGUUCCUAUGGUUGAUGUCACUGAGUUCGGUUAUUUUAAGGUCUUGGGCAAGGGUGUGCUUCCUGAGAAUAAGCCUAUUGUUGUGAAAGCCAAGUUGGUGUCUAAGAUUGCCGAGAAAAAGAUUAAGGAGAACGGCGGAGCUGUUGUCCUCACUGCUUAAGUUGUUACCUUUUUUUAGUAAUAUUUUUGAAUUUUCUUAGAGUUUGAUAUGAAUGAGUACCUUUUUAAUGGUUAUUUGGUACGCUUUUUAUUUUAAUGGAUAUGAGUUAAUUUGCCAGUGCUUUUA